AUGGCUGAUAAGAAGAUUGACGAUAUUCACUUGCUCAUGUACAAUUUGUGGCAGUCCACUAAUACAAAGACUGAUUACAAUGCUUUGGCCGCUCUCUAUCCUGGCGUACAAGUCUCCGCGCUUGUACAGCGCGUCUCGAGGGCCCGACGCCGAAUAGAGGCGUCGGAAGCCUACCGCCAACAGGCGGCGGGGCGGGCCGGCGCUGGCGCUGCCAAUCCGGCGUUGCCGGUGAGGGGCGCCAGAAAGCGCAAGGCGGCUUCCUCGGGCGGGCAAAAGGCCCCCAAGCCGUCUGCGCCCAACCAGGCCGGCCCUGUUGCAGCCAAGGUGGAGGAAGAAGAUGAAGAGGCCGAUGACGAUGACGAUGAUGAUGAUGUCGAGGAACCUGCCCCGAAGCGACCAGCCCGCCGCCGCAGAGUUGACGACAGCGCCAUGACCUCAGACGAUGAGAUCGACGCCAUCCUCACUGCCAACAAGGCCAGAACGGGCAGUGAUGAUGAAGCUGACAAUGGUGCCGAACACGCCGCAAAGCGUGUCAAGAAGGACAAGAAAUCUCCCGUUUGGCCAAGGGGUGCAAAUGUGCACCAACGAGCACUACAGAACAUACCAUGGUCUGAUGACGAUCCUGCUGAUGAAGAUGAUGAUGGUGAUGGUGACCAUGAUGAUGAUGAUGAUGAUGAUAGUGAUGAUGAUGCUGGCAGCAUCCACCAUGAGGAAGAGCCUGCUCGCCCAGACAGCCGUUGCAACCCAUCUUGA